CAAAUCAUAGUACACCAUUUGUAUAGUAAAUAGGAGGGAGUACUUUAAUAUAUACACUUAAUUAUAUUUGCAUACAUGGGCUCAACCGAAUUCAAUUAGGUAUAUACUACAGCUGACUGCUGAUAGUAGUUUAUCUUAUCAGUAACUGGUACUGUAGUGUAACGGUGAACACUUGUGGAGUUCAAUUGGCCGGCACUUGCAGCUAAACAAGUAUAACAAUUUAAACUUACUCAUCGACAGAAUAUCCGACAAAAGUCAAAAGCGAUGAAGUACAACGUGAAAGUUGGAAUUAUUGGUGGAUCCGGAUUGGACGAUCCGAGUUUUUUUACAGACUCUACCGAACAUAAAAUAGACACACCUUACGGUCCGCCGUCAGACUCGCUGUUCUCUGGGAAAAUCAACGGUGUUGAUUGCGUCCUCCUGUCUAGACAUGGCCGCAAGCAUUCAAUUAGUCCAAGUGAUGUAAAUUAUCGUGCCAAUAUUUGGGCUUUAAAACAACUUGGAUGUACUCAUGUGAUUGCAUCAUCAGCAACUGGUUCGUUAAAAGAGCAAAUCAAACCUGGUGACUUGGUUAUUUUAGACUCUUUCAUUGAUUUAACCAAGAAACGACAUUAUACUUUGUACAGCGAUAAAGUCAUGCAUAUACCGAUCGAACCAGCAUUUUGUUUGACAACAAGAAACAUCGUUAUUGAUACUGCCAAAGAACUUGGUAUCGCCGUGCACGAAACCGGUACUGCAGUAGUUAUUGAAGGGCCAAGAUUUUCCACUAAAGCCGAGAGUAAUCUGUACCGUUCCUGGAAUGUAGAUUUAGUCAACAUGACUCUUGCGCCAGAAGUUGUCCUGGCUAAAGAAGCAGGUCUCUUGUAUUGUGUAGUGGCCAUGGCCACUGAUUAUGACUGUUGGAGAGAAGCGACUGAAAAAGUCAACGUUGCCAACGUUUUAAAAGUAUUCCAAGAAAAUGUUGAAAAAGUCACUCGAAUUUUCAUAAGCGUUGUAACUAAAAUAGCAGAAAAGAAUUGGGACACUGAAAUCGAUGAUCUUAAAAAUCUCUUACAAGAAAGCAUUCAAAGUAAAUGAUAGAUGAUUCAGUCGACGAGAAAAACAAACACAUUCAAAUGUAAAAAAUUAUGAAAUGUGAUGAAUACAACAAAUUUACCAUAUUUCUUUGCAACUAUUAACUGUUUAAUUAAAGGUUAAUCCAUUACGUUUAUAUAUUGUUUAUAAUUUUUUUCACUUUUUUCUUUUACCAUGCUAUUCAUCUUUUGGGACAUUGCCAAAAUAACAUGUACAGCAACUCAUUUAACUUGGUAUAAAAAUUAACCCUGAGUCAGACACUAGUGACAAUUAUAGUAUGCAUGUAUAGUUUAUUUUUGUAACCAAUUAGUAUGAACAACAAUUGAAACAAAAUAAAAUUGCAGUGGUUACACACCUACCGUAAGUAUAAGAUUGUAAAGGAAAUGUCGAGUUCAACAUUUAUAAAAUAAAAAGAAUUUAUAAGGCUAAAAUAUACAUACCUACAUAAUUUA